UUUCGUCUCCGGCGUAAAUCAUCCAACUGCUGGUGCCCCCACCUUCCCCUGUACUCGGGCGAGAUCCGCCGGGUCGGAUCUCCGAUGGGAGGAAACGGGCCCGCCCGGCUCCGCCGAGGAAAAUCUUUCUCCGCCGAGCGCCUCCUGGGUGCAUUGUUGCCUCACGCUCCACCACCUCGUCCCGCCGGAGCCAGCACUUCCUCCGCCGCGGCCGGCGGCGAUGAGCUCGACGAAGACGACGUCUUCUGGACCGGCGACUUCGCCGCCGGUAGCGCGCAGCCACCGUCGUCGGCACCUCCGCCCUCCUCCUUCCCUUCCGAUCCGCGGCAUCACCUCCGCAAGGCGUCGCCGGUCGGUCCGUCGGAAAGCUUCGGCGUCCUCGCGGCCCUGCCGGAGAACGAACCUCGCUCCGUCUUCAACCACAAAGCGUCAAUCUCCUCCUCGUCUUCGUCCGCUUCCUCCUCGGCUUCGUCCUCGAGGAUGAUCUCAAUCCCGACGGUUCCGAAGCCUCCACCGGAGCGCCUGUUGCCAGUUGCCUCGUUCAGCUCCGGCUCGAGGUAUCACCGAUCGGCGCCGGUGAACGUGCCGGCGUUCCCGCCGACGUUGAUGUUGAGGAGAUGUCGCGAACUCGGUGAGAUCGAUGAUGAUUACGACGACGACGACGACGGAGAUGGAGCGAUGUUGCCACCGCACGAGAUUGUGGCGAGGAGUUUGGCCCGGUCGCCGAUGAUUGCGUGCUCUGUGCUUGAAGGCGCUGGGAGGACACUCAAGGGGAGGGAUCUGAGGCAAGUUCGUAACGCCAUUUUUCGGCAAACAGGUUUUCUCGAUUGAUGAAUAUGUACAAGUGUGCCCUUGAGGAAAUUGUUGUCAUCUAUGAAAUAAUUUUGGCGGAUUACUCGCCAAUUCUGCGGAUCUAGUAACUUGAAUCGAUUCAUUCUUUAGUUUAUCAUCUAUAUCUAUGUGGUUGGAUGCUCAGUCGAUGUGGCAGAGAUAUCAUAUUGAUGAUUCGGAUUGAAUUUCAUAACCAGAACAAGAGCUACAUUGGAGCAUUUGAAUACUUACAUGUACCACAUAUGAUUCAGUCAAUUUUUGUCUCUA